GAAGGAACAGCUGCCAGAUGUUGAUCUGGAGAAGCAAUUAUCAUAUAUCACUGCAAUACAAACUGAACCCUGAACCCGAGUCCGAGCCCCAAAAUAAUCCCAGUGCGGAUCCAUCCACUUUCCAUCGGAGAAGAGCGAAAAGAGUGCAACGCGCGUGUGUGUGUGAAAGUGGGAAUCUUGAGAGAAAUCGUUGGGAAAUAAUAGGUCGCUGCUUUUGUAAAUUCCGAUUUCAAAAGUCCGAAGCAUCAAUUCAAUCAGUCCAAUCCAAUCCAAUUCAAUCCGAUUCAGAAAAGAAAGAAAAAGAAUAUACCAUUCUUCUUCCCUUAUUGCCCAAGACGAGUCCAAAACAUCUACUAGAUCUUCCUUCAUCAUGCAUAUAUUGGUGGUCAACGACGACGGUCCGCCGUCCAGACGCCUCUCCCCAUACAUCGAGCCACUAGUGACGGCUCUCGAGUCCGCCGGCCACCGCAUCUCCGUGGCCAUUCCCGCCGCCUCCCGCUCCUGGAUCGGCAAAGCCCAUCUAAUCGAAGCCUCCCUCACAGCCACCUAUGUCCCACCAGCUGCCUUCCGCGGUGAUGGCACAUGGGAUGAAUCCUUCCAACAAGAUCCUACCACUACUUCCAACAAUGACAAUGACUGGGUCAUAAUCACCAAUGGCACCCCAGCCAGCUGCGUCCAACUCGGCCUCCACAACCUCUUCCCCGACCGCGGCCCCAUCGACCUCGUCAUCUCCGGCCCCAAUCACGGCCGCAACGCCUCCACCAUCUACAACCUCUCCUCCGGCACCGUCGGCGGCGCCCUGGAAGCAGCCACAUGCGGGAAACGUGGCAUCGCCAUCUCCUUCGGCAGCAAAGAUGAACAGCCCCUAGAUAUCAUCCACGCCGCGGCUCGUCUCGCUACAAGAGUCGUCAACCAUCUCAUCCAGAACUGGGAUGACCAGGUCGAGCUGUACAAUGUGAAUGUGCCGAUGCGUCUGGAUGUCGAGUCCCGUCCUGUGCUGUGGACUCGCACGUACCCGUAUUACUGGGCUAGAGGGUACUUGUACUCUGAGGUGUCCGGGGAGAAGGCCGCGCCUGUUGGAGUCAAUGGACAUGCUAAUGGGGAGGAGCUCACUAAUGGUACCACUACUCCAUCGAAGACAGCCACACCCAAGAGUGAGACUGGUCUGAAGAAACGCAACUUUGCCUGGGCGGCGGAGUUGUCUGAUAUGAAGAAGGCGCUGCAGGAGAGUCCCGAGGGGACGGAUGCUCAUACUGUUCUGAGUGGGUGUACUAGUGUCACCGCUCUCCGCGCUAACUUCUGGCAUGUUCCUGGCCUGGAAGGGCAAUUGCUGCAUCUGGACUGAUUGAUUCAAUUCAAUUCAUGCCUGAUGCAUGCGUAUGCAACGGAAUAACGACCUUGUAGAUGAAGAUGAUGUGAUAAGGAGAUUACGUGUCUGUCUGCUUGUUACUAUCUGGUUACUACUACUACUACUUACUACCUUAGAUACCCGCAAAGGUUGUGUUUGUUACUUAUGUUCCUGAGAAUAUUGGAAUACAUUUUAUGAUCACUGUUUUGUCAUUUUAGAGUUUCAAUGUGGGCACGUAUAGUAUGUCAGGUAAAUUAGAUGCCGUAGACUGCGUUAAUUGUAUUUGUUUGUUAUCAUGGGUCAGUUGUAUGUAC